GGAACCAUACAGCGGUGUCAUGACGUUAUCGACGUCAUGACGUUUUGAUGGGCGGGUCUUAUCUUACCCUGAGGGAAACCGAGUCAGCCAUAUUGAAUUUGCCUUGAUGCGGGAAAGUUUGAAAAGUUUUGGUCAGCAGAUGUGGAUGUGGAACACAGUUUAAUUUAUUUACAUUUAUUUGCAAUGCACACUGGUAUCCCCCCGCUUCAAACAACCACAAUUUUCAGUAGCGUAAUUGCCCUCAUCUUCUUGAGCGCCGUCUUAUCAUCAGCCCUGAUUUGGUUUCGAUUUCCUAUACUGCAUGUUUGCCCGGGACCUUGCUGGUGGAGUAAGUUCAAUGAGUCUGAAUUAAAAAACAACUGAACUCUCUGGCGGAGGCCGAAAGGCCAUUAUCCCCGCUUUUCCGGUUUCUACCGGUUGUUGUUUUCGCUGCUCGCCGGUAAUGCAAGUGCGUACUGAGUUUAGCCUACUUAUUUCAAUAAGUGUCAGCGUUACACACUCGGUAUUUUACGUUGUCCAGUUGUGUGCGUGUGUGUAUGUGUGUGAGUGCGUGCGUGUGUGCUAGCUUGAAACGAACAAUGCUAAACAACAUAAUCUGUGUGUGUUAUGAGGCUAACCAGGCCCGUGUUUGUGUUUCUUCGUAGGCUCAAGUGUGUGGUUGUGAGAUCGUCUCGAAAUCCUUUCAACACUUUUUUUUAUUAUUUAAGUGUCCUCCCUGUUGAGAGCAAUCGAAUCAACGUGACUCUUUCGCAUGCCCACUGACCAGAUUGAUUUUUCCAAAGAAUUGCCCUUGGUGUUUGCAGAGUUCCACCGAAUCAACAACGUUAACCUGCGCAAUCAAUUCUACAAGGAGCUGGACAGACACACGCCUAAACUCAUCACUUUGUUCAGAGACAAGGCCACAAAGACUGGCAAGAUAGCGGAGCAGCUAGCCAAGCUUAUGAGGAUUUAUGACCUUCAGGAACAACCUUAUGUAAAUAUGAGACGAGCCCUCAUCCUUUAUGCACUUCCUGUGUACCUGCGUGAAGAUGCCUCCAAGUUCUUCAGGACCUGUAAUUCAGCAGAUGGUCCAGACCUCACUGAGACUCCGGUGGCUCUCCUGACAGUCGUCACAGAUGACACUGCUGAUGCGGCCCUCUUCAGCCCUGAGAGCAUCUCUAUCGUCGUGGAGGAUGAAAUACUUGUGAGUGGUCCCACAAAUCUGGCUGACUCCUUUCUCCUGCUAUUUGGGUACGUCUAUGCACUAGACCUACAGUACCCAAAGAACCUUGAGCUUACAUUCACAUUUAUCCAAAAAGUUGUGAUGUGUCUUGAGGACAACAAACCACUGAAAGGGCGUCUACUGACGCUGAAGACUGAUCUGUUCAAUGUGUGAAUCACUCAGAAUGGACUAUUUGUUGAGCCGAGUAUAGAGGAAGUUUUUUGUUUUUUCCCCUCCUUUACAAAAUGCUAUCAUUUGCCUCUUCUACCUCAGAUUUAAGAUGUGCCUACUGUUCAAUUCAUGCACUGUACAUGUGUUAUGUUCUGUUGCCUAAUGCCUUUUUGAUGCACUACCUGCUAUUGCCAGUUGAAGUACGGCACAGUACAAAGCAGCACUUUAUUUGAAUGUUUUAUUUAAAAAAAAAGUGAGUUGCAGACUAUUUGUUAAACUGAGUGUUGAGGAAGGGUUUCUCCCCCCCCCACUCUUGACAUAUUUAACAAUUUGCCUCUUCAACCUCAGAUUUAAGAUGUGGCACAGUUUGCCUCUUCUACCUCAGAUGUAACCCAUUGAUUGCUAAUACAUAAAUAUCACAACAUUGAUAUAUUGCCUAGCACAAGUUUAUGCACUGAAUAGCGUCUGUUAAAUUCAUGCACGUCACAUGUUCAAUGUUCUGUUGCCAAAUG